AUGGCUCGAGCCAAACGCAAAUCCACAGCAAACACCACAGCUGCGACUGAGUCACCAGCGCCGGCUGAAGUGCCAUCCGACAAUGACAGCGACGUCCAACCUGUUAAGAAACGGCGAAAGACCACCAAACGCGCUCCUACAAACCGGAACAGGAAGCCAGAUGACGGUCCACCCGCCCUGAACAACAUGCCGCUUGACAUAUACUACGAGAUUUGCGCAACAAUGGAACCUAUGGAUGUCUUGAAUCUUUCCAGGACCUCAAGCUACAUAUACCACACUUUGAUGGCAGACGGGUCUUCCGGAAUCUGGAAGAAUAGUCUCUCUCUCAUGUCUGGCAUCCCCGAUCGUCCAAGCGAUGUGACAGAAGCUGAAUACGCUAGACUUUUGUUCGGCGCUGAUUGCUAUCAUUGUCUCAAGAGACUAGUAAAUCUACAUACCUCAUGGAGCGCGAGAGUUCGAUUAUGCACAACAUGUAUACACUCAGUUUGUGCGCCGAAAUGUUCUGCGCCACAACAAUUGGAACCUUAUGUACCCAUAUUUCAUGUCAGCGAAAAGAAAUCUAUGUCUAGCUAUUACCUCAAGAGAACGAUGACAACCUGGCAGAAGGAAUAUGAUGCAGCCAAUGAUAAAAAUGAAUGGACCCAAAAGAAAAUUAGUGAACGAAAGGCUAUAUCCGUGCAUCAGAAUCAAUGCAGAGUAUGGGCGACGUUGUGGGAAAAGGAACUAGUGGUUCGACGCAAACAAAAAAUUGUCGCCCGUAUUGAAGCCCUUGGAUGGGGUACCAAACUUGCCAAAAUUCGGAAUGAGAGAGAUCAACCACAGAAUUUGACUAAGGUGGUUAAGAUGUGUCAAAAAGAAGUAACUGAAAAAGAUCUCUUGAUGUUGGAACCGUACAUAAACGAGCAUAUGACCAAUGUUCAAAAGGCAAGGGUCGAGAGAGAACGCGAGUAUCUUGCGAGGAAGACCGGGGACGUACUUGAGGACGUGAUUAAAACGUGCGCCGCUGUCAUCCCCCCUAACGCAUUCGUCCCUUCGUUGGGUGAUCUUGCUGCUCUGCCAAUUGUGCAGGACAUGUUCAAGGACUCUGCUACACGCACCCCCGACCCUAAAUCCGAGCUGGAAGUUUUGCGCGAACAGUUCCCGGAAAUUACUGUUCAACUGACACAUGAAAUGGAAGAGGUGCUUCGUGGGCUCGUUCGGUCUGCCUGUGGCGAAAGCUACGAAUUCGACUCCAACACGACUCCCACAAAAUUCCUUUGGUAUCCAAGGAUCGCGGUUCAUGAGCAUUGCAAGACAAGAUGCGACUUUGAUGUAUGCAAUCGUUGGAACCACAAUGAAGUGAUCAGUUUUCAGAAGGAAGACAUGCUCUUUCUAUCAAAGAUUCUCAGUCAAUUUGGUUUCGACCCCGCUGUAACAACCAUGGCAGAUAUGAAUGCAGCGGAUCCCAUCCUCGAAUGUGUGUCUUGCAAUAACCAACACAUUGGGCGCUGUACAAUGAGAUGGGACAUGCUGGCUCAGCACAAUGCCGAGAGCCAUUCCGGGUCUGGAUCUCUAACCCCAAAUUUGAUCUUACUGGAGGGGGAAGAGGCGGCAAAAGUUGCUCAUAGACUCGACGAGAAAUUUGCACGGCAUCGAGCCUCCUCCUACGCUGUAUUCUGUGCCCAUUGCAAGCAACGGGGUAAUACUGCAAUUAUUGAAAAACAUGUUCGAUCAGCACACAGUAUACAAAACCCGACCGAGGCUGAUAUGAUUGCUGAUCUGGAUUGGCAUGUGCAAUCAAGUCUUCACUGGCUGUGGCCCCCACGAGAAGAGGUGGACGAGGAGACGUCUCCAUCACUAGUUCCACCUGUGUGA